GUGUGAGCAGUACUACUACUGGAGAUUGUCUGUAGUAGUACUACUAGUGACUUCUAUAUUUUCUUCAAUUUUCUAAACAAUGAAAUAGCUAUUUAUUAUUAGUUUCCCAAGUUGAAUAAAUAAUUGACUAACUUUGAUAUAUGUAAGAAAGAAAGAAAAACCAUUAAAAUAAUAUUUGUAUGGUAUUUUCAAUUGUGUAUAGUCUGACAGACUCGUACAAAGCUCUCCCUCUCUCUCUCUCUCAAGUCUCAACAAAGAUGAAACCCUUAUUUAAAUGAAUGGUUACCCACCUCUUUCUCCCAUGCACUUGUCUUCUCUUACAAUCUUCAACACUCCCCACUGUGCAUCUAAUCUCUCUCUCUCUCUCUCUCUCUCUCUCUCUCUCUCUCUCUCUCUCUCUCUCAUCUUUUUAUAAACUCUAGAGUGAAGGAAGCUACAGAUUAUUAUAUAUACCAUUCUGAAUAUAUAUUGCUUGUCAUCUCUCACUUAACUCUGACUACAUUACAAUUUGUGCCUUCUUCUGCUCAUCUUUCCAUUUUGUCUCUCUUUUUUGAGUUUCUUUCUGUAGUUUUCCCUCUCAGCUAAGCUAUAGCUAUAGAAUAAUAAUUAGCACGAUUCCCCCAAACCUAUACAUAUAUAUAUAGCUGAUUAUUCAUCUCUCUCUCUCUCUCUUCCCCUUUUUGGAUUUGUAAAACAUUAUAAUAAAUACUACUUUGAAUAUAAGAAGAGAAAGAAAUUAAUAUACCCAAAAUGUCUAGCAGAAGAUCAAGGUCAAGACAAUCAGGUGGGGCAAGGAUUACUGAUGAUCAGAUCAAUGAUCUUGUUUCCAAGUUGAACCAGCUUCUUCCUGAGAUUCGCGAUAGGCGUUCAGACAAGGUUUCAGCAGCUAAUGUAUUACAGGAGACAUGCAACUACAUAAGAAGCUUGCACAGAGAGGUUGAUGAUCUAAGUGAGAGACUUUCUGAGCUAUUAGCAACAACAGACACUGCUCAAGCUGCAAUUAUUAGGAGUUUACUCUCCCAAUAGAUCAUCAUCAUCAUCAUCAUCAUCAUCAUUUAAGAGCUAGAGAUAUAUCAAUUUAUCAUGUACCUAGCUAAAAUAUAUUAAUUAUUAGAAAUAUUGCACUACUACCUACAAAAUUAAUAAUGUAAUAGACCAUCUACUUAUUUCUUCUUUCAAUUAAAAAAAAAAAAACAUGUACUUCUUCUCCUCUCUCUCACCAUGUUCUUCAUCGACAGUAGUAGUACUUAAAUAUGGUCACUAUAUAGACGAAACUGUAGUUGCUGGGUAUCUCUUUUCUCUC